UCGCCGAACGUCCGACAAAGGCCGGACGUGGGCGCUGCCGCGCACAGCGCGCGCGCAGCACGCUUGAUACGGAAGUGGUUGUCGAGGCCGAAGAGUGGUCGGGGGUGACCGAUGGUCGAACGGGCGAAAGGUGCGCAUCGGGCGGUGAUGCGCGAGAGCCGGUGGUCAGUACGCGGUCGGCAUGGGGUGCACGCGGGUGCACGGUAGGCGAGCAGGCCGCGGACAUUGGGUGGUACGCGCAGGCAGCGAGCAGCGGGCGAGCUGGGCGCGCGGGUGAAGGUCACGCGGGCGGCAACCGAAACCUCGCAGGUGUAGGAGUACGGGGCAGCGGGGCGUACGCGCGCGAGAUUAACGGACGAGGUGAUGGGCGCGCGACAGCUCGCGAGUGGGAGACAGGCGCGAGCGCAGGCCUAUGCGCGGAAGGAAUAGGAGGGGCUGGAAGCGACGCGCGCGACACG